GUGGUGUCAAUUAUCCUUGCCAAUAAGCAGUCGUCCUGACUUCUAUGGUGGCCUUAGUCUUAUCGGUGUUGGAGUUACAUCGAAGAGCACGCAAGAUCUAAUUUACGAAUCCCUCAAGCCACAAGUCUUACGUCGGCGCGUCAUAUGAUAGCAUAUCCGAAUUGGUAUACAUAAUGUAUCCCCUCCUCUUCGUUUCCUUUCAACUCUCAAGAUAGUGCAUACUGAGCUAACUCAAGAAUAAUAAUGGAGUUGAAAGGUGUAAGUCGUCAGACGGUUAACCGUGCCAAGGUUAUCGUUACUGCAUUGUUGACGAUAUCCGGCAUUACCGAAGCGGUAUCAAUCCCGCCCCCUACCGGUCCUUACCAGGUUGGCGUCCGCAAAUAUACCAUCGAACACUACAAUGACCACGAUCCCGUGGCGCCGAAUAACGUGAGCACGGCGUUCUUGGCGACCGUUUUUUACCCCACGCUCCAGAAGCCCCAAGGCCCUCCGAAGCCGUAUUUAAACCCCGAGACAGCAGCUUUCUUUGAACUGAACUGGCACUACUCAAACGGGACCCUUUCAUCAAUUACUUCGACUGUGCAGGAGAACGCGCCUUUCCUGGAGCCAGAAAGUUUGGCUGAUGGAUCGCUACAUUUACCAACUAUUUUAUUCGGACCGGGAGGUGGCGGUCCCCCGGUCGAAGGCAAUACGAUUCUACUCUCCGAGCUUGCGUCGUACGGUUAUGCUAUAAUCGGCAUAGAUCACCCAUUCGAGCAGCCCUUCAUCCGGUAUCCAAACGGAACAGGCGUUACGGGGAUUGAUAUUGAUAAUAUUGAUAUAGACCUCCUAGAUAUCUACAACAUGCGUCUCGAGGACAAUACCGUGUUCUUAGACCGCCAUCUCCCCGAGUUGGUGCGAAAGUUAAAAUUGCCACUCAGUACGACUAAACUUGGUGCCUUUGGGUACUCACUCGGCGGAGCGGCGGCUCUCGGCUCACUCCAAAGCCAUGAUCGAAUCGUCUCUGGACUAAAUAUGGACGGCGCUGUUAUCGGGAGCCUAGCAUCGAACAGCAGUGCUGCUAACGUGCGGAAGCCAGCGUUCAUGAUGGGUAGUGAAGGCCACGGGGGAGUUGAAUCGGGUGACGAUACUUGGAUCACAUUCCCACAAUGGCAGACAGGUUGGCAGCGGAAAAUCAAUGUCAACGGAACGACGCACCACGACUUCUUCGAUGAUACUUUCUGGAAAACACUCGAGGUCGGUGCAGACCCCCACGCAGGUCCAAUCGACGGCCUCGAGCAGGUCAGGGUCUUGAAUGCUUAUGUUAAGGCUUUCUUUGACUUUACCUUGCUAGGCAAGAGAUCCCCCAUCUUAGAUGGUCCCUCGCCUGAGUUUCCAGAGGUGAUCUUCUAUAAUGUGACUGGGUCCCGAUAGAUUGCGGUCAGAACCGAAUCAUAUCAUAACUUAUUACAAGAUUAAUUAAGAUUCAAUGAUGUCUUUAUAGUGGUACUGUUAAACCACGGGAUUAGUAGAAUAAAAAAUAGGUAUGAACUUCAGAGGCACCUUACGAUGAAGCCCAUAUAUCUAUGUAUUGGAUGGCUUCGGCUUCUGCGACGGGGCAUCAUCCUUCGUCGUCUCCAAAAAUCUGCCACUUAGUCCCGGCAGCCAUGAAUCAUACAUGGCUCCUAGAAAGAAAGCAAAAAGAUAAUGCUGCAUCAGCCGCGAAUCGAACGCGGGGCCCAUCGAUGGCAACGAUGGAUUUUACCACUAAACCACUGAUGC